UUCCGUCUAUCUCCCUUCUUCGCGGAUCUUUCUGGUGGCCCCAAGAGUUCGAACGACGAGGGGACGAGGAGUAUUCUUCAGCGGCCUGUUCCUUGCGACUACGACGCUGGAAGUGUUGUGGACCGACGCCGUCCCAAAUUCUGCUUACGGCCAUGCGCCGUUGCACACACGUUGCAGAGGCGGCGCCUUGCUAACCCCCGUCGGUGCCCGAAUCACAAAAUAUUCCGCGAGACCAACAUGGCCCGUAUGCACCAGCCUCAGAUGCCAAAUGAGGCUUAUGGCUAUGGCUAUGGCGGCAUGCACGACACGACAAGUCAACUCAUGUUUUGCCCCGUCCUUUGCGGUCGGCUCAUCGACAUUGACCAUCAGUCACCAGCAUGGUUGCAGAUUAGCGAGUCAGGCAGGCAGACAGUCAUCCGUGGUGAUGAGCCGAAUGCUUGA